UUUCCUUCGGAAUCUCGUAUCGUAAAAAACAAAACAUUCAGACCAUGAUCUGAAAAAGGCACGAGGACAUAAAAACCCUACCAUGUUACGACGGAUCAUCCGUCCUGCCCGACGAUUGCCGAUAUGGCUUUUCCUUUCGAUAACUGCGCCUUUCCUUUUCGAAGUCAUCCUACACGUAUGGCGAUAUAGAAUCCCGAGACCCGCGAGCGAGCUCGACACGCCCUUUUUCACUUCGUGCCAGGAGCCCGACAUUAGCGCAAAACGGGAGAAUGCGGUUCUGGUGAUGCUCGCGCGGAACCACGAACUCGAAAAAGCCAAUAAAACGAUAACAUCCAUCGAAAGACAAUUCAACAAAUGGUUCAAUUAUCCUAUUUUGUUUCUAAACGAUGCUCAGUGGGAUCCGAAAUUUAUAGAGGUAUUGAAUACAACAUCACGAGGGUUAGCUACGUUCGAAGUCAUACCGCAGGAUCAAUGGACAUUUCCUAAAGAGGUAGAUGUAAAUGCGGCAAAGCAGAGUAUAAAAGAGCAAGGCGAACAAGGGAUUCCGCACGCCGGAGAAGAAGGAUACCACCAUAUGUGUCGCUUUUAUUCGGGCAAAUUCUAUGAGCUCGACGCUAUGAAGAAGUACAAAUGGUACUGGCGACUAGAACCCGACGUUAACUUUAGCUGCGCGAUUACGUACGACCCAUUUGUACAGAUGGCACGACAUAAAAAGGUGUAUGGAUUUACAAUUGCGUUAUGGGAAGUGGGAAAGUCAUGUCCGGGCUUAUUCCGCUCGAUCGCCGACUGGAAAGAGAUGAUGGGCAUUCCUACAAACAACCUCUGGAAGGCUAUGAUAACGCCUUCGUGGGUACCGUUCCCAUUUCGUCGAUUUAUGAGCUGGUUACCUCAUCGCGAUGCGUACGGUGACGAGUGGAGUUUGUGCCACUACUGGAGCAAUUUCGAAAUUGCCGAUAUGGAUUUCUUCCGGACAAGGGCAUAUCAGGAUCUAUUCGAAUAUUUGGAUAAGAAGGGCGGCUUCUACUUUGAGCGGUGGGGUGACGCAGCGGUACAUUCCCUUGCUGUAGCAUUAUUAGUAGACCCGCGGAAGGUACAUCACUUCGAAGAUUUCGGAUACCGACACGACCAUCUAUAUCAAUGUCCUGCCAACGCACCAGGUGGGCAACUUCCAGAUUCGCCGCUACUCGGAAGCGGGACGUGGGCACCGGAGAUGGAUAGUGGGAUCGGAUGCCGUUGCGAAUGCGACGGACGAGAACCUAGGAAUUAUGGGGAGUCUUGCAUAGAUAAACUAAAACAGCCGACAACCGUUAAGCGGUCAUGGUUUCCGUGGGUUAUAUAGUAUAUGGCAACGUGGAGGCCAUCGGUGGUAGCUGCGGUUGGUCUUCUGG